UUUUUUGGCUCGAUCCAUACGUAAACUCCAACCCCCUCUCCCUCUCGAAACGCCCCCAUUUCUCUCCAUCGAUUCUCCGCCGAGUCGGUGUCCCGACCCCGCCCAAUGGACGACCACCACCCCGACUCAACCCCACUCCCCUUCUCCUACGCCCCCCUCCCCGCCGGCUCCGCCGCCAGCUUCCCCACCGAGCGGCGUCGGACCAACACCCGCCUCCUCUCCCUCGCCGCCGUUUCCUUCUCCCUUCUCGCCCUCGCGGCCUUCCUCUCCAGCGACCGCGACCCCCGCAAUGCCCGUCAACCCGACUCCUCCUCCGCCUCCUCCCCCGUCUCAUUCCGCCCCGUCUCCCGCGGCCCCUCCGAUGGCGUCUCCGAGAAGGCUUCCGGCGCCUUCCCUACUCUCCUCUCUGGCACCACCUCUGGCGACUCCGCGGCCGCCCCCCCGCCUUACCCCUGGACCAACGACAUGCUCCAGUGGCAGCGCACCGGCUUCCAUUUCCAGCCUCCCAGGAACUGGAUGAACGAUCCAAACGGGCCGUUGUGGUACAAGGGGUUGUAUCAUCUCUUCUACCAGUACAACCCGGACUCGGCGGUGUGGGGGAACAUCACGUGGGGCCACGCCGUGUCACGUGACCUGGUCCACUGGGCGCACCUCCCCCUCGCUAUGGUCCCCGACCAUUGGUACGACCUCCGCGGGGUCUGGACCGGCUCCGCCACCAUCCUCCCGACCGGCCAAAUCGUCAUGCUCUACACCGGUUCGACCAACGAAUCGGUCCAGGUCCAGAACCUGGCCGUCCCAGCCGACCCGUCCGACCCGCUGCUGAAAACCUGGGUCAAGUCCGACUCGAACCCGGUCCUCGCACCCCCGCCCGGGAUCGGCCCCAAGGACUUCCGUGACCCCACCACCGCCUGGUACGACCCUUCGGACGGCACGUGGAAGUUCGCCGUCGGGUCCAAGGACGGGUCCCACGCGGGUAUCGUGAUCGUGUACAGGACCCCGGAUUUCGUCCGCUACGAGCUCGUGCCGGGGCUGUUACAUAGGGUGCCGGGGACCGGGAUGUGGGAGUGCGUGGAUUUCUUUCCGGUGGCCGUGGCGGAGGGGCCGGAGGCGGCGGAGGGGAUGGAAGCGUCGGCGGCGGCGGGGCCCGGGGUGAGGCACGUGCUGAAGGCGAGCAUGGACGACGACCGGCACGACUACUAUGCCAUCGGAACGUACGAUGCAGGGACGAACACGUGGCAGCCAGAGGACGAGCGGAUGGACGUGGGGAUCGGGCUGCGGUACGACUGGGGCAUGUUCUACGCGUCCAAGACGUUCUACGACCCGGCGAGGAGGAGAAGGGUGUUGUGGGGUUGGAUCGGCGAGGCCGACAGCGAGUACGCCGAUGUUUUGAAGGGCUGGGCUUCGCUUCAGGCCGUCCCCCGAACGGUGCUUUUUGAUACCAAAACCAGAAGCAACCUGCUCCAAUGGCCUGUGGAGGAAGUGGAGAAACUAAGGAUGAGCAACAAGAACUUCAGUGGCAUCACCAUUGAUGCCGGAUCAGUGUUCCCCCUCAACAUCACCAGAGCCACACAGUUGGAUAUAGAAGCUGAAUUUGAGAUUGAGGAGGAGGCAUUGGCAAUGAUGGUCAAGGCCGAUGUAGGGUACAACUGCAGCACGGGCGGUGGGGCGGCCGGGAGGGGCAUGCUUGGACCAUUUGGGCUGCUCGUCUUGGCUAAUGAGAGGCUAUCAGAGCGGACUGCAGUGUACUUCUACAUUGCAAGGGGAAUAGAUGGCAACCUUCGCACUCACUUCUGCCAUGAUGAAUUAAGGUCAUCCAGGGCAAAUGACAUUAUCAAGAGAGUCGUUGGGAGCACGGUUCCGGUGCUCGAUGGUGAAAGGUUGUCCGUGAGAAUACUGGUGGAUCACUCUAUUGUCGAGAGCUUUGCUCAAGGAGGAAGGACGUGCAUCACUUCUCGAGUCUACCCAACUGAAGCAAUUUACGGUGCAACAAAAGUCUUCCUAUUCAACAAUGCCACCAGUGCUUCGGUGACUGCCAGAUCUCUCACCAUAUGGGAGAUGGACUCCACAUUCAAUCACCCCUACUCCACCUAAGCUUAGAAAUUUAUAUUUUCUUUCUUUCUUGAAACUGUAUGGAAGAGGAAAGUUUCCUCCCCCAAUUUUUUCCUUUUUUGAAAAGCCAGAGGGAGAGGUUGUUUCCCCAAGGAUUCAUUAAGUUAUAAAUAUGAUAUGAACAGAGCCAGAUGUGAUAUGUACACGUGUGGAAGGCUCGUGCAGCA